CAGUGCGUUAGUGGGUUGCAAACAAACGAGGAGAAGCGAAAUUUCUCAAUAAAAAUAAAUCUAUAAACAAAACCAAAAAGAACGCUAAAAAUGAAUAAAUUCAGCGUGUUUGAACUAGUGCAGUUGAUUGAAAUCUUCAAGAAUGAACCAAUCCUGUGGAACCGACCCAGGACAACGUUCACCACACCGGAAAGACAGGAUAUGGUUGAAAAUGUUGCGAAGCGCUUUGGGAGAACGCCAGGAGAUAUUGAGAAGUGCUGGGUGGCCCUCCGAGAGAAAUAUAGACGAGAACGAGCUAGUGAGAUGGCCAAUGUUCAGAGGAAGUAUCGAAAAGAGCCCUGGGAGCUCAUGAGCCAUCUCUCAUUCCUGGAUGAACUCUACUGCCCACAGAGCAAAGGUGCUCCUCCACCUGCAGAACCACAGCCGCUGGCACAGCCUCCUAAGUCCAAUUCCAAGAAAUUCCAAGUAGGAAACAUGGUCAAAAUCCUUCCCUCUACAUCAGGAGACAACGUCAUCAUUCGCCGUGUAGGACGAAAAUCUACUCCUGGAGUCCCUGGAGAACUUGUGGGUGUUGGGAAGCUGAAACUUGCAAAUCUAGCUGAUUUACAGAAGAAGCCAAAUUCCCCGAAAUCUGCAGAGCGCCCGGAAAGUCCGGAGAAUGCACGCAAAAGCAAUGAAGUUAAUUCAUCAAUGCUCUCUCCAUACCACGAACCUGAAUUAUCAGAUAAGUCAGAUCAUCAUCCACAGUAUGAGAAAGAUGCUCGAUCCGUACGAUCAGUUUCUCCAGCCAUAUCCAUUGUCUCAUCAACGCUAUUCCCAAUCUCAUCAGACAAACACGAGGAUGGCAUGAGAUUUAAAAUGAGUCGAAAUUCACGCGUGAUUAAGAAAAUGGAAGACGAAAGGAGAGAACUUCUGGCGGUUCUGAAGAAUCUGACUAGAGAAAAGGGUGCAGCAGAGUCCUACGGAGAGUAUUUAACGAAGAAACUCAAAUCUUGGAGUACGGAGAAGCAAAAUAGGGCCAUAAGGAAGUUUAAUAUAGUAAUAGGAGAAAUUGAGGAGGAAGAUGAAUAAAGUCUGAAA